AUGUCAAAUCCAGGAGAUUAUUUUUACGGUUGGGAUUUGUUGUAUAAAACCAUAGAGAAGGAUAUCAAUAAAAAAGAUGACUUGCUCAUUGCUUUAGCUCAUUUCGUUUUAACUAAGUAUUCGCAAUUUCGCUGCAUUGGUUUGGGGGAAGAUAAAAUUUUGAUGGAGGAUGAAGAAGUUUCAGGUUCCGAAUUGCUGCCGGAUAAUUGGAAUAUAGAUGAGAAUAACUAUGCUCUUCGUUACAUUUACGACAAGCAACUGUACAUUUUACUAGGUUUGAGAACUGAGGAUUCGUUAAUUAUUACUUUGCUGAAUGUAAAAACUCGUAAAGUUUCCAAUAUAUGCCUCUCACCUGAGGAGAUUGUGAACGACAUUAGGGGUUCCGUUACAAAGAUGAUACCUUCUGCUUCUCAACUGGCAGAUAGGUACCGCAGAGAAUUAUUGGAACCAGUUUAUCAAGGCCAAAACAAAUCUACUACUACACAGACCAAUACAACGUCAACCACUACUGAUCAAUCGGAUCCAUUACGUAUUGGAAUGCCUAUGCAUCCACCUGUAGGACAAUAUCAUCCAGUUGGAGUGGAGCCGCGACCAUUCGGUUUCCCGGAAGUGGGUCGAGGCGAUUUAGAUCCCUUAGGACGUGGAGGUCAUGGUAAUUUAUUUCCCUUCCCUUCGCACCCCGAAUUCCGCGUCGGCCCUGGAAGCAGUGGCGGCAUGCAACCACGUUUCGAUCCCUACGGACCACAACCCGAACGAAACCUUCGCCCAAAUCCGAAUCCAGACCAUUUACAACCACCUAAUUUUGGUGGCGAUUAUUUUAUGUAA